AUGAAUAUCCUUACCAUUCACCCUGAAAAUAUUAAAGCGAUUCUGGCCACCAAUUUCAAAGACUAUAGUCUUGGUCUACGUUAUAAGCAAUUCCUUCCUCUUCUUGGUGACGGUAUUUUUACUUUGAGCGGAUCAGGAUGGAAGCAUUCCCGUGCUAUGUUGAGACCUCAAUUUUCUAGAGAACAGGUUUCUCAGCUUGAAUCUCUCAAUGACCACGUCUCGACCCUAUUGACCAUUUUCAAGGAGAAGAGCCAAACUGGUCAGUACUUUGAUGCCCAAAAGCUUUUCCAUAACUUGACGCUCGAUACUGCUACCGAGUUUUUGUUUGGCGAGUCAUGUAAUUCUCUUAACAACGAAUCAAGAGACAUGAAUCCCACUGCUGGAAGUAGUGCACCUGUGUCUGCCGCUGAUUUCGCCGACUCUUUUAACUACUGCCUUACUGUUCUCGCUUUACGUUCUCAAGCUGGCUACUUUUACUGGUUGUUUUCUGGAAGAAAAUUCAUUAGCGGAGUAAAAACUUGCAAAGCUUUCGUUGAUUAUUUUGUUAGAAGAGCCUUACGAACUGCUGAUGAAAAGAAGGAAGAAGGCAGAUAUAUUUUUAUUGAGGAGCUUACAAAGGAGACUAGAGAUGCUACUAUAAUUCGUGAUCAAUCGUUCAAUAUUCUUUUGGCUGGCCGUGAUACUACUGCAUCCCUUCUCUCAUAUAUCACAUACUAUCUUGCACGAGAUAAGCGCGUUUUGAACAAACUUCGUGAAGUCGUACUUGAGGAGUUUGGAACCGAAAUCGACAACCUUACUUUUGAAUCAUUGAAAAGAUGCACUUAUCUUAACCAUGUUAUCAAUGAAGUGCUUCGAUUGAAUCCGAUUGUACCUCUUAACUUUAGAAGUGCUGUUCGCGAUACUAUUCUCCCUGUCGGCGGUGGCCCUGAUGAAUCUCAGCCUGUGUUUGUGGAGAAAGGUACUCAAAUUGUAUAUUCAGUCUACGCGUUGCAUCGCAAUCCCAAGUAUUGGGGUGAGGACGCUGAAGAAUUCCGUCCGGAACGUUGGUCUGAGGGUAAAAUUCACAACUGGGAUUUCCUUCCCUUCAAUGGUGGACCGCGUAUCUGUCUUGGUCAGCAGUUUGCUUUGACUGAAACUUCAUACACUGUGGUAAGAGUGCUCCAAACAUUCAAGGAUAUCAACCUAGCGCCUGACCAGCUCAAUAGCAAGCUACUUAACAAUAGUUCUUUGACGAGCAGCGUAGCUAAUGGCGUUCGUGCUAUUUUUACCCCUGCUUGA